ACCUAUCUGUGCAGACCCGGCCGGCUGCGCGCGCAGAUAUCGAGCGGGGCGUGCCGGAGGACUUCUCAUUUUUUAGGUCUCAGAGUCCUGCUACCUACCCCGACGUAAUACACCACCCUGACGUCACCUUUCCCUGUGUGACGUGACGCAGAGCAUGAUCCUUGGGCCUCUUUGUCCCACCUGACCAAGGUGUAUGGGCAGGAUGGCCUCGCCCCUUAGGAGCAAGUCCUCCGCCCCGCGAGUGGAAAGCACCCGCCACAAGGAGACAUCGACUGUCCGCGUGGAGACGUCGUCCCACCGCGAGGAAACGUCAUCCCACCGCGUGGAGACGUCCUCCCGGCAGGUUCGAACGUCUUCCCGGCAGGUGGAGACCUCCCAGCGCCACCGAGAGGGGCCCUCCCUCACCCCCUCCACGAAGCGACUCCCUCAGUUCCUUGAGGUGUCCUCCCAGCACGUGGAAACCUCCUCGCAGUGCACGGAAACGUCCUCCCGCCACGUCAGGGCGUCGUCAUCCCUGAGGGUGGAGACUACUGUGCACCGUGUUGAGAGCCCAGCCAGGCAGAGUGCCAGAAUGGCUCGAUGAAGUGCCAAAGGUCCUUAGCCAGGACUGAAGAGUUGCCAGCCAGCCAUCUUCCAGGAGAACCGAGCAUCUUUGGUUUCAUGGAAAGAACCCAUAAAUCAGUGUAAGAAACAGGCUGUGGUUUCUGGGGGCUGUUAACAUGUAUUGACAUUGCAGCACCUUAGACCAUCCUGUUGUUGACCCCAGUGUGCUAUUAACUUGAAGCCAGCACAGAAGGUUUCAGACUGGUAGUGCAGUAUAAACCUGGCUGAUGGACAAUGAGAUUCUUUGAGUCUCUACACCAGGUAAGUUUUAUAGUCUUAGGUCACUCUAGGAUGUGUUGACGACUUGAAAUUUGCAAAGAGGGGCCAAACUUGUCAUGAUUCUUGACCGCUGGCCUGAUCAUAUACCUGCUUGAAACCUACAGGGCAAGGUAUCAUCUUUCAUACAUUAUUAAUUGGCCUUUAUUAAUACUUAUAUUUCAUUAUACAUUUUCUCAUGUUGUCAUACAUAGUAUUCCACCCACACUUAAAAAAUUAAAUCAGGGGGUAUAGGAAAAAACAGGACAAUUAAUAAACAAUCAAUAAAACCAUUAAUAAUCUUGGAAGGGAAAGUAAAGAAGAAGCCAUGACACUUGGCCUGAGGCGUGAGAUUGACAGGAUGGUAACUGAGUAUUACUGCAUGCUAGGUAGUAGUUAGAGCAUGGCAGCUAGAGCAGUGGAAAAGACUAGGAUCUUCCUCUAAUGAAGAGACAUGCAACAAAGGGGAAAGUAAGACAACAUGCUGUUGUAUUCCCGCGAAGGAAAGGCUGUCUGUCUUGUGGUAGAGAGUAGGGAACUCUUUAGAGAAUAUGGUCAGGGAAAGCCUUGCUGAUUACAUUUGGUCCGAGAUUUGUGUGAGUGGACAGUGAGCCAUAUCAGGAUCUAGAGGGAAGUGCAUUCUAGACAGAAGGGAAAGUCUACAUUUUUUUUAAAAAUCAAAGAUGUUUAUGUAAGAGAAAGAUCAGUUAGUAUAUGAGAGCGUGGUAUAAGGAAGAAAACAAAAAGGAGGAAGAUGCCACUUCAUAUAGAGUCUUGGAAAUCUUCUGGGAUUACAGUAAAGAGCUUGAAUUUUAUUCUGAGAUCAUCAAAAGAAUUUAGUGCAAGGGAGCAAAGUGCGUAUUGCAGUUUACAGUUUAGAACUACCUCUCCAUCGAAGUUGCAUUGGUAACCGAGUUGGGAAUGAUUUUGUCUCCAGAAGUGUGUGUGUUUGGGGCAGCGUGGAAGGUGCUCCUGCUUGCCUCAAGUGCCUAGUAGCCAGGGAUGCUGCUAACAUCUUAUGGUGCCCAGGUCAACACCCUGUCCCUCCUCCAACAAAGAAUCGCUGUGCUGAGAAAGGCAAGUCAUUGGUGAAGUUGAGAAACAUUGAGGUUUCUAGCAACUUUGCUAGAGGGUGGUGCACUAAGCAAACCCCUGACUUCUGCAUAGCAGAAUUGCGGAAAAGCCUGAAAGACAGUCAUGGAAGUGUGUUCAGAGCAUCUUCCGGUGAGGAACAAAAGCAAGCGUUCUCAGAGGAAGAGGAUGUGUUGCUCUGUAAGGAACCCUCUCUCUAGCCUGCUUUAAUAAUGCAUGUGCUACUUGCCACUAGAACAGAAGGCUGCAGAUGCUGAUUCUGCAGGACUCCUCAUGAGUCAGAGCACUUACUACUUCCAGGCACUAAUUUAGUCCCAGGGAGUGUACUGGACUGUCCCCGCAGAAUGGGGGCGCAGGUCAGAAGAAAUGUCAUAACUGCUAAAGAUGUUGAUGUUAUAACUACCAUCACUACCCCAAGGCUACCUGAAUGCCUGUCUGCCUCACAGAACUGCUAGUAUCAAAGAAUUAGCUAAUAGCAAAGAAUUGUCAGUUUUUUCCAGUUUACUAAUUCUUUUUAAUAUGGCCAACUGUGCCUUAAAUAAACAGAUAAAAAAACAAACAAAGCAGUUGCUUCUCUUUGUGUUCCUCAUUAUCUUCUUGUUGCAAAAGUGGUAUGUGUCUAAUGUAACAAAAUAAAUCAACAUAACAGUUAAUACGAUAUUAUAUUUCCUGUCCAUUACUAGCCUGGAAAUAAUGUCAGAGAUGUGUUUGUCUGUCCAGACCUUUCUCCAUUAGUGACUGCUUCUGUUUCCUCUUUUAGUAGUAUUUGGAAGACUGGCUGAAUGUGACUCUGGGAAAGCCAGGCGCCUGCUUCUGGAUCGUUGAUGCUUCAGGAAGGGCGUGGGAAGGAUCCUGGUAGAUUCCCUGUGGUCCUGGUCUUAUUUUUAUCUAGGAUUCUUCCUCCAUAUUUCACUUAUUCAUGUUCCAAGAGAGAGAGAGAGAGAGAGAGAGAGAGAGAGAGAGAGAGAGAAUGAAUGUAAUGAAACACCUUUGCCAUAAAUCUAUAUUAUACAUUCCACAGCUUCAAAAUGACAGUGUACAUCAAUGAAGGUAAUUGUUGAUGUACCCAUUGUACUUUGUAAAUGUGUGUGUUACUGUUAGCCAUGCUGUGUGUCUUCCUCAUCGUUCUCUGUAGGAAAUAGAGCUGCUGUACCUGGCAUGUGUUACACAGUGUUAAAGACAGCAUGUGCAACAAUAAUAAAUGAAGAGUAAUAUUCUCCAUUUGCAGUCGAGAAAGCCUUUAAUGGCACAGUCUAAUAAUUGGAUUUAUUGUGCUGGGUAAUAGUUGUGUCUUGCCUUCAGCUGUGUCAGCCAGGUUAGUUUAAAAAAAAAAAACUAAAUAAAUGUAAGUUCUUGUAAAGAA